UUGAAAGCGCACUGAAUCUCAUAAUUUAUUCAACCCAAUAAGGAAAAGAGUUUCAGUUAACACUACCUUACUGUAAUUUAUUUGUAGCCCCACUUCCCGCCAAUCCCUCUACCUCACUUUCCCAGAACCCUAAUGCCCCUCCGCCUUCGUCCUUAAACCCCUCGCCCACCACCACUACCUCCUAUCCAAACAAAAACCAUCAAAGGCCACAUCCACAGCCACAGCACCACCCUUUCCCUUAAACCCUAAAACUCCCAAUGGACCCAAAAGCCGUGAAAUCGGACUUGUCUGAUCCAGACUUCGGUUCCCAAUACACCCAUCUCAUCACUCGCCGUAUCCUCCUCUCAAUCUUCUCCCUCUGCAUCUCCGGCACUUCCCCUUUGUCCUCUAUCACGUCCCUCAACCCAAAAGUCGUUAUCCUUUCCGGCGGACCCCACUCGGUCCAUUCCGAUGAUUCUCCUUCAUUCGCUGAUGGGUUCGUUAAGUGGGCCCUGUCCAAUGGGGUUUUUGUGCUGGGAAUUUGUUAUGGGCUUCAGUUGCUUGUUCAGAGACUUGGUGGUGAAGUUAGGGUUGGGGAAAGGCAGGAGUAUGGGAGGAUGGAGAUUGAGGUUGAGAAAAUUGGUCUUUUUGGUGGGAAGAGAGUUGGGGAUAGGCAGGUUGUUUGGAUGAGUCAUGGGGAUGAGGCUGGCAGGUUGCCUAAUGGGUUUCAAGUGGUGGCUAGGAGUCAGCAGGGGGCAGUGGCUGCGGUUGAGGAUCAGGAGAAGAGGUUUUAUGGGUUGCAGUAUCACCUGAGGUAAUUUUGAGUUACACAUUCGCCAGAAGGGAUGGAGACUCUAAGAAAUUUCUUGUUUGAUGUUUGUGGAGAAGCUGGUUGGAAAAUGGAAGAUGUAAUGGAUGAAGAAAUUAAGGUGAUCAACGACACGGUAGGGCCUGAUGAUCAUGUUAUUUGUGCUUUAUCUGGAGGUGUUGAUUCCACAGUUGCUGACCUCGUUCACAAGGCCAUUGGAGAUAGACUUCACUGUGUUUUUGUUGACAAUGGUUUAUUAAGGUAUAAGGAGAGAGAACGGGUGAUGGAAACCUUUGAAAGGGAACUACAUCUACCUGUUACUUGCGUUGAUGCAACUAAUCAAUUUCUUAGUAAGCUAAAAGGGGUUGUAGACCCUGAGAUGAAAAGAAAGAUAAUUGGAAAAGAAUUUAUCUGCAUCUUUGAUACUUUUGCUCAAGAAUUGGAGCAUAAGUUAGGAAAGAAACCUGCUUUCUUGGUUCAAGGAACCUUGUAUCCGGAUGUGAUUGAAUCUUGUCCGCCACCAGGAACUGGAAGAACCCACUCUCACACUAUCAAAAGUCAUCAUAACGUUGGAGGUCUUCCCAAAGACAUGAAAUUAAAGCUCAUUGAGCCCCUUAAACUUCUAUUCAAGGAUGAGGUUCGCCAACUUGGGAGGAUAUUGAGUGUUCCUGAGCCAUUUUUAAAGCGCCACCCAUUUCCUGGGCCUGGCCUUGCAGUACGAAUCUUGGGUGACGUAACUGAAGGCAAUGCCUUAGAUAUUCUCCGUCAGGUUGAUGAAAUUUUCAUUCAGUCAAUCAAGGAUGCUGGCAUUUAUGACUCAAUUUGGCAAGCCUUUGCUGUAUUUUUGCCUGUAAAAUCAGUUGGAGUUCAGGGUGAUCAAAGAACACAUUCUCAUGUUGUUGCUCUUCGAGCUGUUACAAGUCAAGAUGGAAUGACAGCAGAUUGGUACUAUUUUGAGCACAAGUUCCUUGAUGAUGUGGCUCGAAAAAUUUGCAACAGUGUUCGUGGUGUGAAUCGUGUGCUCCAGAUGGCAAGAAAGAAAAUGAGUUUAGCAGGAUUUCUUAAUAUGAGUACUGGAUGCUUAGGUGAGAUAUUACAACAGUAUGGAAACAAUAUGAUGAACUUGUCAAAGAGAAUCACUGAGGUCAUAUUAAGGAGUUUAGGAGAUGGUUAUGAAGAGAAUUUCUAUGAGUCUGAAUUUGGUGACUGUCAUGGAUAUCUGAGGAUAGUAAACUACACACCACCAGAUGAUGUGGAAGAAAGGGAAGUUGAAGGACUUGGAAUGCACACUGAUAUGAGUUGCAUAACAAUUGUGUAUCAGGAUGAGCUUGGUGGGCUCCAAAUGAGAUCCAAGGAAGGGAAGUGGAUGGACGUACGCCCAUAUGAGAAUUCCUUAGUAGUUAACAUAGGAGAUCUUAUGCAGGCUUGGAGCAAUGGGAGGUUAAGAUCAUCAGAGCACCGGGUUGUUUUGAAGCAGUUCAUGAACCGGUUCUCUCUAGCAUUCUUCUGGUGCUUUGAGGAUGAGAAGGUAAUCUUGGCACCGGAUGAAGUUGUGGGAGUUGGAAACUCAAGGGUUUACCAUCCGUUUGUUUGCUUGGAUUACCUAAAGUUUAGAGAAAGUAAUGAGGUUGGUAAUUUUGACAAAAUAGGAUACACUGUAAAAGAUUUUGCUGGGUUAAAAGUCGAAGUGCAGUGAUUAGUCAUGAAUUCUUAAAUAUUGCUUGUUGUUUGUUUUCUCAAUGUAAAUGGAAAUCCAUCAUUAGAAUUGUGGGGUCAAUAAUUUACAUAAUCCAAUUGUGAAUCAUGUGUUGUUGACUAGCAGUAGUAUCCUAAUGUAUUGUUUUCUAUUUAUUAUGUCGUUGGGUAAAAAAGGUGGGGAGGA